AAUAAAAAAGAAAACCCACCCAAUAGGGCCAAAACCAAAACCCUCCAAAAAUCCAAAGCGGCAAACUUCUUGAAGCCGAAGGAGCAGAGGAAAAAUAUCUCAUGCCCAUCAAUCUCUCUCAAAUGUCUCAAAAAACCUCCUCUCACUCUCAGGCAUCAGUUCCUUUGAAGAAGAGGAGCUCCACUGGGGUUUUUGGAGACGUAUUGUACGGGACGAUGAUGUUUCCCAAAGAGCUUGAAAUCGUCAAGGAGACCAAUUUCGAGCUAGGAUUUCAAGUUCCAGACCUCGGAUGUAUCGUCAAAGAUUUUUUAAAGACUAGGGAAGUUCGUGAGUUUGUUAGCGGGGCUUUAGCAGGUGCUAUGACUAAAGCUGUACUUGCUCCUCUCGAGACCAUCAGGACAAGAAUGGUGGUUGGUGUUGGAUCCAAACACAUUGCUGGUAGUUUCAUUGAGGUUAUUGAGCAGCAGGGCUGGCAAGGAUUAUGGGCUGGGAAUGCAAUCAAUAUGCUUCGCAUAAUCCCUACCCAGGCAAUUGAGCUUGGAACAUUUGAAUGUGUAAAACGGGCAAUGACAUCAGCACAAGAGAAAUGGAAUCAAACAGAAUGCCCGAGGGUACAAAUUGGCCCUGUCGGUUUGAACUUUUCUCUAUCCUGGAUUUCUCCAGUUGCCGUGGCUGGUGCAGCUGCUGGAAUUGUUAGCACGCUUGUGUGUCAUCCCCUAGAGGUUUUAAAGGAUCGGUUAACUAUCAGUCGUGAAGUAUACCCAAGUUUAAGCAUUGCCAUUAGCAAAAUUUAUAAGGAUGGAGGGAUUGGCGCCUUUUAUGCCGGUAUCUCACCUACUUUGAUUGGCAUGCUUCCGUACAGUACUUGUUACUAUUUCAUGUACGAGAAAUUGAAGAAAUCUUACUGCCAAUCAAAAAAUAAGAAGUCUUUAAGUCGUCCAGAGAUGCUUCUGGUUGGAGCUCUUGCAGGUUUUACAGCUAGUACAAUUAGCUUUCCAUUGGAGGUGGCCAGGAAAAGGCUAAUGGUGGGAGCUCUAGAGGGUAAGUGCCCACCCCACAUGGCAGCAGCACUUUCGGAAGUCAUCAAGGAGAAAGGCCUGAUGGGACUCUACAGAGGGUGGGGGGCUAGUUGUUUAAAGGUCAUGCCAUCCUCUGGCAUCACCUGGAUGUUUUAUGAAGCUUGGAAAGACAUAUUACUUGUUGAGAAAGGUCAUCUCUGACAUCCUCCACGAUUCCACAUAAAGUUCCCAGUUAAGACUUAUGUUGGGGUCGCUUAGUGGAAAUAACAAGGUAGAAUGCACCACCAACAAACUAGCAUGCUGAAGUCUCUUAGUGGCUCGCCAUGGUCCUGACAUCAAAUCUUGCUUUUUUUUCUCGAGGGAAGUUCAUGGUUUUGGACGAGGGGCUCCCCCAUGCUAUCUACGGCAUUGUUGACUUCCGACCAAAAAAUUUGGUGAGCUUCAAUUUUGGUGCACCAUAAGGUUUAAUGUACUGAUCUUUUUCCCUUUAUUGUUAUUGGCAAUUAAAUGUUGGCCUUUUCCUACA